AUGAAAGAAGAGCCCAUGGUGGCCGGGAUGAACGCGGUUCGAACAUGGAUGCAGGGCGCCGGAGUGCUGGACGCCAACACAGCCGCCCAGAGCGGCGUGGGUCUGGCGCGGGCACACUUCGAGAAGCAGCCGCCCUCCAACCUGCGCAAGUCCAACUUCUUCCACUUCGUGCUGGCGCUGUACGACAGACAGGGCCAGCCCGUGGAGAUCGAGAGGACGACGUUUGUGGACUUUGUUGAGAAAGAAAAGGAAACGACAGGGGAAAAGACCAACAAUGGGAUCCAUUAUAGACUGCAGCUCCUCUACAGUAACGGGAUCAGGACGGAGCAGGAUUUGUACGUGCGUCUCAUUGACUCCAUGACUAAACAGGCAAUUGUGUAUGAAGGCCAAGAUAAAAACCCAGAGAUGUGCCGCGUCCUGCUGACCCAUGAGAUCAUGUGCAGUCGAUGCUGUGAUAAGAAAAGCUGCGGAAACAGGAACGAGACUCCAUCUGACCCUGUCAUCAUCGACAGGUUCUUCCUCAAGUUCUUCCUCAAGUGUAACCAGAACUGCCUGAAAAAUGCAGGGAACCCUCGAGACAUGAGGCGUUUUCAGGUGGUUGUGUCAACUACGGUGAGCGUGGAGGGUCACGUCCUGGCCGUGUCUGACAACAUGUUUGUGCACAACAACUCCAAACACGGGCGCAGGGCUCGGAGACUGGACCCGUCUGAAGGCACCCCCUCUUACCUCGAACACGCAACCCCCAGCAUUAAAGCCAUCAGCCCCAGUGAAGGCUGGACCACCGGAGGCGCAACGGUCAUCAUCAUAGGGGAUAACUUCUUCGACGGCCUACAAGUCAUAUUCGGAACCAUGCUGGUCUGGAGUGAGUUGAUCACACCCCACGCCAUUCGAGUGCAGACUCCGCCCAGACACAUCCCGGGGGUAGUGGAGGUCACGCUGUCCUACAAAUCCAAACAGUUCUGCAAAGGCACACCUGGCCGAUUCAUCUACACAGCGCUGAACGAGCCCACCAUAGACUACGGCUUCCAGAGGUUACAGAAGGUCAUCCCCAGACACCCGGGAGACCAGGAGAGAUUACCCAAGGAGGUGAUUUUGAAGCGAGCGGCCGACCUGGUAGAAGCCUUGUAUGGGAUGCCUCACAACAACCAGGAGAUGAUUUUGAAACGAGCAGCAGACAUAGCAGAAGCCCUGUACACCACGGUCCCGCGGGGACACAACCAGCUCACCGGCCUGGGCAGUGGUUCAGUGCACGCUGGCAUGAUGGUCAACUCCUUCACCGGGUCAGAAGUGGCUCAAACAGGCAACCAAGGUUUCAGUAGGAGUACGAGCAGUGUGUCUCCACAUGGUUAUGUCCCCAGCACCACUCCUCAGCAGAGUAGCUACAGUUCUGUCUCUACUAGUAUGAAUGGCUACGCUAAUUCUGGCAUGGCAACCCUAGGCACCUCGCCCAACUUCCUCAAUGGAUCAGCAGGCAACUCGCCCUAUGCUAUCGUCCCGUCCAGUCCCACUAUGGCGUCAGCGACCAGCCUGCCUUCAAACUGCAGCAGCGCCUCCGGAAUCUUCUCCUUCUCCCCAGCGAACAUGGUGUCGGCCGCGGUCAAGCAGAAGAGCGCAUUUGCCCCAGUCGUCAGACCCCAAAACUCCCCUCCACCCACGUGCACCAGCGCCAACGGCCUGCAAGAUCAGUCUUUUGUGGACUCUAGCAAGUACUCCUCAGCCAGCUCCCUCCAGGGCCUGGCCUUCUCCUGA